AUUGAGGGUAAAAAUUCAUGUAUUGUAAUAUGGAGGGUAAAAACCCUAAAAAUCAAAAAGUUAAGGGGCAAACGGGUACCUUUUGCCCUAAACAUUGAAGGAGGAAAAGAUGGAAGACAGAGAGAUGGAGGAAGAAAUAGUGGUAGAAGAAAGAGAGCAGGUGGCGCCACCAACCAAAGUGGAGAAAUCUCCGUACAACAUGCUAAAGGAGAGUAAGGUGCUGCUCUUGCUGGAGUUGGCAUUGGCUCAAAACACGACGGCUACCGAGACCAUUCCAGUGAGUGUGGGUGUGGUUCUUGACAUGGAUAUGUGGGUUGGGAAGCUGGGGGUGAGUUGCAUCAACAUGACCCUGCAAGAAUUUUAUUCCUACCACGGUAACUACACAACCAGAUUGGUUUUAAACAUAAGGGAUUCCAAGGGAGAUGUUGUUGGGGCGGCUGCUGCCGGGGCGGCUGCUGCCGGUGCGGCCUCUUUGUUCUCUUUGUUCCUCUUUUUCCUCUCUGCAUUCAUUUUUAGUGAAUAUAUAUUCCUUCUCACAUAAUACAAUACAUAUGAAUUAGAUUUUUUGGAAAUAAUUUCAGUUUAAGUCUCAUUCUUUUUAAUGGGUUUGAACGUGAACUUAAAAUUUAUUGUUACAAAAUAAUGAUAUUUUUUGAGUGUGGCAAUAUAUAAUGUAAUUUCUUCCAUUUUUUGAGUUCCAAGCAGUAAAAAAUUGUUAGCUCA